UUUCCUGUUCUACGCUAUUGUAAAUGAAAGCUGUCUGUACUGCUGUUGAGAACUAAGUGGAGAGGGACCCUAGUUGAAGAAGGGACCUGGGAGGAAUGACAGAUGUUUCCUGAAGACUGUGACUUUCUCUAGCAAGCCCAUGCUUGAAUUGAUGUAAACACUGGGCCACUCCUUUGGGAGACUAACCUGCCCCUGCCUGGACCAGCCCUGAUCCCUUCCCACCUCAUCAGCACCCUGCGGUUGGGCAUCUGUCACCGUCUUUCUGUCUGUGGGACAGGACAGGCACAGCUUGGCUAAUAGCACUGCAAGCUUUCCAACACCACCCCACCAAUGUGCCUCGAAGUUGUUCUGGAAAAGAGACUAUCUCCAAGGGUCCCUAUCAGUUGCCUUUGUACUAACUUUUGAAUCUUCUGACUGCAUUUGUCUUCUGUGAUCUGAUGCUACACAGAAGUUAUACCUAAUCCUCUGGUCCACGCUAUCCAGUUGUGCUGUGGAUUGCUGGUUCCUGUUCAGUGAAACACCCCAGCAUGCCCUAUUCUGGUGACACCACACUCUCCGCAGAACAGCUCUGGAGCUUGAGGCCAGCCUGUAGGGAAAUGGAAUCAAAAGUCUCCGAAGGUGGCCUGAAUGUUACCCUCACCAUCCGGCUGCUCAUGCAUGGAAAGGAAGUUGGAAGCAUCAUUGGGAAGAAAGGAGAGACCGUGAAAAAGAUGCGUGAGGAGAGUGGAGCAAGAAUCAACAUCUCAGAAGGAAACUGCCCAGAAAGAAUUGUGACCAUCACAGGCCCCACGGAUGCCAUCUUCAAGGCUUUUGCCAUGAUUGCUUACAAGUUUGAGGAGGACAUAAUCAACUCAAUGAGCAACAGCACUGCUACCAGUAAACCACCAGUAACACUGAGGCUGGUUGUGCCUGCUAGCCAGUGCGGGUCACUGAUUGGCAAAGGGGGCUCCAAGAUUAAAGAAAUCAGGGAGUCAACAGGUGCUCAGGUUCAAGUGGCGGGGGACAUGCUGCCCAACUCCACAGAGCGGGCAGUGACAAUCUCGGGAACCCCCGAUGCAAUUAUCCAGUGUGUCAAACAGAUCUGUGUGGUGAUGCUGGAGUCCCCACCGAAAGGUGCCACCAUUCCCUAUCGCCCAAAGCCCGCCUCCACCCCUGUCAUUUUUGCAGGUGGUCAGGCCUAUACAAUUCAGGGACAAUAUGCUAUUCCACACCCGGAUCAGUUGACCAAGCUCCACCAGUUGGCUAUGCAGCAAACCCCUUUUACUCCCCUUGGACAGACCACCCCCGCUUUCCCUGGAGAAAAGCUGCCCUUACAUUCCUCCGAAGAAGCUCAAAAUCUGAUGGGCCAAUCAUCAGGUUUGGAUGCCAGUCCCCCGGCCAGUACUCAUGAACUCACCAUUCCCAAUGAUCUAAUAGGCUGCAUAAUCGGACGCCAAGGGACCAAAAUCAAUGAAAUUCGACAGAUGUCUGGAGCGCAGAUCAAAAUCGCCAAUGCCACAGAAGGUUCAUCGGAACGUCAAAUUACCAUCACAGGAACCCCAGCUAACAUCAGCCUUGCCCAGUACCUCAUCAACGCCAGUUCUCUGGAUUCAGAGUCCCAUGUGAGAAACACCUUCACUGCAUAAUUGGAACUUCUCAGCACACAAAUGGUACUGGCUUAUUGCAUUGGAGCUGCUUCUGAAGAUGCAAAUGGAGUAUCAUCAGCCUCUUCCUGGAUCAUUUUUCCAUGGUCACUGACAAUAAACUCUCAUGUGGCUGAACAGGAAAUACAAAACCAAUCCUCACAUAGAUGCAUAGACAAAAGCUUUGCUAGGUAUAUUCAAAUGUAAGCAGACUCUUUGUGAAAUGGCUAAGUGGACCACCAUGGGUUAGCAAUCUUGUGAGCAGUAGUUUUGAGGGGGGUGGGAAGUUUUAAGCCAACUCUCUUGGCCUGCAUUUGUUAGUGCUUGAGUAGUACCCCCCUUUGCAGAUGAGCGUCUGUUGUAUCUCUCUCUGAUCUUUGCAUUUAUGUAUCAUUGUUUAAACUUAUGCCUAAAAAAGAGAGCUUUGGUUCUAGCCUAGCACCUCAUAUGUAGCUGUGGCAAGCAGGGAAGCUCCUGGAAAUGCACAGUGAUACGUUUGGCUUGUCUCAGUGCCCCUUUGUGCCAGGCUUUAUUAGUGUUAUGCUCCUCUGUGUAACUGUACUUUACAUGGUAUUUUAAUGGCUUUAUCUGGGUAUUUGUGAAAAUAUAAUAAA